CCCAUCGGAGUUCUCCUCUUGCAAAGGCGUUUCUCAAAAAGCACUCCCACCCAGCUCGUCACUGAUUUACACCACAGAACUGACUCGUGCAUCCUGGUUCGGCAUCCGCCAGAUCCUCAUCUCAUUACCCCACGCGACCCGCUGCCACCCAGUCUGGGAACAGGGCAUUGCUCGAAGCCAAGUCUCUUCCGGCCGUCCGCGACAUCCUCGAUAGUUCCUCUCCUCUUCACCAGCAACCAACCAACAUCCUCCUGGGGAUCUCCGCACACGCGUCUCGUGUCCCACCUCUCGCAAACCGACAAAAUGCCGACUCCGGAGCAGAUGGGCAUCGACAUCAGCCGCCGCAACCGAACUCCAAGGCAGCUCACGGAGAAGGAGCGCGCGGCUCUGGACGAGUUCAUUGAUUUGAUACACUAUUCAACCAGAUACUCGGAUAACGAGUUCGAGUAUCGACACGUCCAGCUGCCCAAAGCCAUGCUCAAAGCUAUACCCGCCGAAUACCACGACAAGUCCAAGGGAACCUUGAAACUCCUUUGGGAGGAAGAGUGGCGAGCGAUGGGCAUUACACAGAGUCUGGGUUGGGAGCACUACGAGGUUCAUGAGCCCGAGCCUCACAUUCUACUCUUUAAACGUCCUCUGAAUUACCAGCCCCCUCAGUGAAGCGCGAUCGACAGGUCGUGAAGAGGAAACUCCUGAGUCCGGGUCCGUAUAUCGCCACUCGCAUUGCCAUGAUACGACCGCGUAGCGACUGUCAUCACGUCUAUGGCUACGAUGCACGACAACAAGGACAGCGAAUCGCCUGUCUCAUCGCAUGGCUCGUCUUCGACUCGACUGAGACGGUGCAUCCAUCACAAGAUCCAUGCGCCCACGAGGUCCGGCGUCGUUGGAAGGAACGAUUGGGAUGUGGUUGAUCACAGGACACCUAAAGGAGGGAAGGGGCUUACCGUUGGAGAAGCGCUUCGAGGGUAAACUGGAUGUUGCAGGGCAGUGAAGUAAUUGCCGCCGAGCGGGGCGAGCUACUCCAUGUUCUAGGCCGUUGAUCCGCAAUGCCAGACUGUUGGUUAAUGUGCUGGAUGGACAAGAGAUAAUAAUACCAUUGGCCU